AUGGCGGACAGUUCAUAUGCUCCACUCUUCGAAACCGAGAAAGCAGUGGGAAGCUCAAUCUACAAGCUCUUUGCGACUUCUGUGUUUGUGGGGAUAGUUUCCAUUUGGGUUUACAGAGCAACUCAAGCUAGUGAAAAUGGCAGGCUCGGGUGGAUCGGAAUGUUCGGUGCGGAAAUAUGGUUCGGGUUCUAUUGGGUCCUCACGCAGGCCCACCGCUGGAACCGGGUUCGUCGCCGGACUUUCAAGGACAGGCUCUCGCUCAGGUACGAGGAUGAAUUGCCCCGGGUGGACGUUUUCGUUUGCACGGCUGAUCCUAAAAUAGAGCCACCGAUGAUGGUGGUCAACACCGUUUUAUCGGUAAUGGCUUAUGAUUACCCACCGGAUAAACUCUCGGUGUACCUAUCUGAUGAUGGCUGCUCGGAUGUGACUUUCUAUGCCCUCUUGGAGGCCUCCCAUUUUGCCAAGCAUUGGAUACCUUACUGCAAGAAAUUUAAAGUCGAGCCUCGAUCACCAGAAGCCCAUUUCAGGUCAGGGUGUGACCGGUUGGAAGCAUCCCAGGCACAACAUUUGGCUUCAGUCAAGGAAUUGUAUCAAGGGAUGGAGAACAGAAUUGAACUUGCAAGCAAAUUGGGAAGGAUCUCCAAAUCUGCACCUCUGGAACACAAAGGCUUUUCUAGUUGGGAUACUUUUGUGUCUAAGACUGAUCAUGAUACCAUACUGCAAAUACUCAUAGAUGGAAGAGAUGAAGAAGCUAAGGACAUUGAAGGGUGUAGACUGCCAACUUUGGUAUAUUUGGCUAGGGAAAAACGUCCCCAACAUUUUCAUAACUACAAAGCGGGAGCUAUGAAUGCUUUGAUAAGAGUAUCAUCAGAAAUCAGCAAUGGAGCCGUAAUUCUAAAUGUAGAUUGUGACAUGUACUCUAACAACUCUCAAUCUAUUAGAGACGCACUCUGCUUCUUCUUGGACGAAGGCAAGGGCCGUGAGAUUGCUUUUGUUCAGUUCCCACAGAACUUUCACAACCUCACCAAGAACGAUCUUUAUGGAGUCUCCAUGAGAGUAGUUGCUGAUGUUGAGUUUCAUGGUCUGGAUGGUUAUGGAGGGCCGAUGUAUAUUGGGACCGGCUGCUUUCACAGAAGGGACACUCUAUGUGGAAGAAAGUUUACCAAAGGGUCCGCAUUCGAGUGGAAGGGGAUCACUGUUCCAAAGACGGAUGUUUCUGAACUAGAACAAAGUAUAAAAGAACUUGCAAGCUGCACAUUCGAGAAAAACACCCAAUGGGGCAAAGAGGUGGGCUUGAAGUAUGGGUGCCCAGUAGAGGACGUGAUCUCGGGGCUGUCCAUCCAAUGCCGGGGCUGGAAAUCAGCUUAUUUCAACCCUGAAAGGAAGGGCUUCUUAGGUGUAGCAGGGACCACCCUUGAUCAGCUACUGCUUCAGCACAAGAGAUGGUCUGAAGGGGAUCUACAGAUUAUCCUCUCAAAAUAUAGCCCUCUAUGGUAUGGACUUGGCAAAUUAAAUAUUGGCUUGAUAAUGGGAUACACUGCGUAUUGCUUUUGGGCCGUCAAUUGCUUUGCUACAUUGUACUACUCCACCGUACCUGCACUUUAUCUACUCAGAGCUCAUCCCUUGUUUCCAAAGAUAUCAAGCAUUUGGCUUUUCCCAUUUGCAUACGUGACUGUUGCCGUGAAUGCAUACAGUUUUUGUGAGUAUCUUUAUUGUGAGGGUACUGCCUUGGGGUGGUGGAAUGAUCAAAGAAUGUGGCUGUACAAAAGAACAAGCUCCUAUCUCUUUGCAGUGAUCGACACUUUCUUGAAGUUCGUGGGCUGUGCUGAGUCGGGCUUCAUAAUAUCGGCCAAGGUGUCAGAUGAGGACGUGUCAUCCAGAUACGAGAGGGAGAAAAUGGAGUUUGGUGCCACCUCACCAAUGUUCACAAUUCUAACUUCCCUGGCCAUGAUCAAUCUCCUUUGUUUACUUUGGGUGCUCGUGAAAUUGGUUCCGGUUAGCGGGCUUGAUUUUGUUUACGAAAAUGUGGCUUUGCAAGUUCUUUUGUGUGCGGCAUUGGUUUUGAUAAAUUUGCCCAUUUAUGAUGCGGCUUUUAUCCGUAAGGAUAAUGGCCGGAUCCCGGGCUCAGUCACGGUUAGGUCGAUAUUGGUGGCUCUUUCGUUGUGUACUUGUUAUGCUUUCUUGUGA